AUGUGGUAAAGUCGGCACCCUGACUAACCAGCCUAGGCAAGCCUAGAUAAGCAAGCAGGCUCCCUUCCCAGCUCUCUCCCCCACCCCAAUUCUGGGACUUCCAGAGUACAGGUGCCCUACCCUAGGCCCAGCCUUCAUGGAACAGAGGUCUGUGGGAUCCUUCCCAUGCCGUGACAUAGCCACUGUGGCAGGACCCAGUUGUGUCCUGUGCAGGCUUCUCUGGAGGCACCGUUGCCGAGUGCGGAGGGCACUCCUCAGGAGGAGCAGAUGCCCAGGGGGCCUGGCACAGGGCUUUGUUCCUCAUGUGGGGAUGGUGGCCACGCUGGGUGUUCCUGCUUCCUUUUCUGGGUUCCCCAGGCCCUGGAGUUCCACCGUGGUCCAGGUCUGCCAGGUAGCACGAAGUGCUUUGUGUGCGUCACUGCAGCAGAAUGUCCCUUAUGCUAGCCUUUGAAGUUGGGCGGUGGGACCCCAUCUUGUACAUGGGAAAGGAGAUUUGGAACAGCUGGUUGAUCUGCUGAAGGGCAUGGUAGUAGCCGCUAGGUUCUAAAGUGGCUGCCUGCUUAUUUAUUUAUUUUCAGACAUGUCUCAUGUAACCAGGCUGACAGUAACUUGCCAUGUAGUCCUGUAUGACCUUGCCUCCCAAGAGCUGGGGAUGACAAGGUUGCCCCACCACACCAGAUUUUUCCACAGUGUAGCUGGCAUCAGUUGUGAGAUGAUCUGACCAGGAGGCAUCACCCUGGCCUAGCUGGUGACUGAGGAAGAGCUGGGCUCCAUUAACUCCACAGGGGGCUGCCUUUGCUCUGCUGCAGCUCUGCUCAUCAAGGGCACAUGGCCUGGCACCGCCAUGCCGCUCUCCACUCAUGGCAUCCCCCACUCUCCCACCAGCCCUGUCCUCCUCAGGAUCCUCGGGGUCAGGUGGAGAUUAGUGGAGCCCUCUGAGCCAUUUUUUGUGUUAUCCUCCUUGAGUGUGGCUGGCUGCUCCAGACAAGACCUGGCAGCCUGGGCAGGGCAGGGGGGAUCCAUUUUGCUAUGCUGUUGGUGUGAGAAUCUUCCGGGGCCUCCCCCAAGACCUUUGCAUGUACCAUGUGGUGUGUGGAGGUGACAGGGAAUGAGGUGAGAAGUGGCCAUUCAUAGCUGAACAUUCAUAGACUCGGGCCCAAACAGGGCUUCUUUUAUUUGCUUUGUUUUGUUUUGUUUUUUAAUUAAACUAAUCAGUUGAGAUGGAGUCACACUGUAUAGCCCUGGCUGUCUUGGAACUCUUUGUUGACCAGGGUGGCUCUAGCUUACAGAAGUCCACCUUCCUCUGCUUCUGAAGCACUGGGAUUAAAGGUGUACACCACCACGCUGAGCUCUAUUAUUGUUAGCAUCUCUUUUUAAGACAGUUACGUACUGGAGCCCAGCCUGACGUGGGUUCACUAUGUAGCCUAGGUUGGCUUCAAACUUACAGCUUCCUGUUUCAGCCUCCCAAGUGUUGGGAUAAUAGGCAGGAGCUGCCAGGCCCAGCUGGGCCUCUGGUUAGGUCCUGGAGGAGCCUCUCAAGAGAUAGGAAGUGAGGAGUCAGGCAAUCUCUGGCCAGGAGACCAAAGUUUCUAUAGAGAUGAGAUGAACAGGAAACAUGGGACCCACAGGAGGGGCUGUGGGAACCCAGUGGUGUUUGGGGGUGGUAGUGCCCAGCAGGGGAACUUCUCCUAAGAUGUCAAACAAUCUUAACAGUCUUAAUCAAACAGGGAAACUGAGGUCCAUGGUAUGUGGUCAUUUGCACUGGCUUGGCCUUGUGUUCCACUGGGAGGCUGUAACCCUAGGGCAGCUGAGGAAACAUUUGUUACAGGUGUGUCUUGGAGCACUUAGCAAGAUGUGGGUUCUAAAGUCAUGCGUGUAAACUGCCAUGUGUCCUAACAAGAGCUGCUUCCUUCUUAUCUUGUCAUGCAGGUCUGGGACAGCAGGGAGGGCCCAGCCUUUACCACUGCCCAGAGAGCAUAGCCAUACCUCCCCCACACCAACUGUGGCCUUUUGUUUUCUGGGUGACACUAGCAUCAGGCGGUGUGAUGUGUCCGGGUGACUAAUCUCCUCCAGGCUGGGCAGCUGUCACAGCGGGGCCUGCAGAGCGCUGGGGAAAACUGACACCCUAGUGGAGACCUGGCAGGCAAGGGCCCUGGCGGCAGCAGGCAGUGAGGCCUGCGGCUUCCUCUUCCUGGGACAGAAGGUAGACCCUAACUCAAGUAGGCGUGGUCACAGGACCCAGACUCUGGCAUGCUCUCACCACUGUGAGCCCCUCGUACGGGCGGAAUCAGCGAGAUGGUAAAGGGCUUACCCAAGGCUGUCACAGCAGACGCUGGGCAUGCAGGAUGGGCGCUAAUGUUGUGGGCCCUUUCUCUAGCCCAUCUCACCCCUGUCCCGGGGUCCAAGAGAACCUUGUAUUCUACUCAUCCCUGGGACAGAUCCAGGGUCCACAUCUGCUCUGUACUAUCUGCCUGUGGGCUUUGUGCAUGCUACCCUUUUGUGGCUUAGUUUCCUCAUCAGGGACCGUGUGUGUGUGUGUGUGUGUGUGUGUGUGUGUGUGUGUGCGCGCGCAUGUGUGUACAUAGUGGGCUCAGUCAGUAUUAGCUGGAUGACCCUGUGUUUGGGAGGAAAGCAGCCCUUAGUGUCUGUUCUUGCAUUUCUGGAACUCACCUCCUGUCCAGUCUUAAUGCUGCUUUCCCAGCACAGCCACUUCCUGCUCACUGAUUGCAGGAGCUCUGUCCCUGGGCCCACUUCCUUCGUUACACCCUGUACCGGCCUUGAAGCUACUCGCCCAAGACCCAUGGCAAGGAUGGAUGGAGGAUUGGGGAGAUCAGGUGCUACAUAUAUCAGGAGGGACUGUGUUGACUGUGCUCCCAGACUGUCCUUCCUCUUGCCCAUUAAUGGUUAAGGGUACUUCGCCCCUGCUCUGGGCUUCAGCAGAAACUGUCUGUCACUCGUUCAUGUCUGUGACUUGUUCCAUGCCUGUGUCUUGGGCUUCCAUGGCUGUUGUUUGGAGCUAUCACGCUCAGCUGACUGGGAGCUUCCUGCCAUCCUCAAGUGUAGAAGAGGAAGCUGACCCCAGUGGCCUGGGAAGGAGGAGAGGUAGACUAGGGAAGCAGGUGAAAGGAAGGGGCUCGGAGAGCUCUCAUGGUCUGGUACACACCAGGGGUGGAGACCAAGGCCCCUGCCUUUCUGCAGGAGGCAGUCUGGGUCAUCUCAAGCUUAGAAUUAUUAGCCUGAGGCUUCAAGCCUGGACAGUGGUGCACUCGGCAGGAAGACUUAGGGGUUUUCAGGCAUCACACUUUGGGAUAUCCACCCUCUGCUUUCUAGAAAAGUGAGACAGCCACUCAGUACCAGGAAGUUCUUAGAGAUGUGUAUACGUGGCAUCCAGGAUUCAGAAGGCUCUUCUUUUAGCCUAAGCCUCUUAUUGCAUAUAUCAAGUUAAGACAAGAGCACUUUUUCCUGGGGAUGGAGAGGGGCAUGCCUUUCUAACUCUCUGAAGCCUGGUUUCCCAAUGUCUGAACCCAAGGUUGACGCUGAGGAUAGGGAUUUUCUCAGGACCGAGAUCCUUCGCAGAUAGCCUGAGUUUGUUGGGUUUAUUCAUUCCUUCGUUUGUUUGUUCAUUCAUUCAUUCAUUUAGUUGCACUGUAUCCCAGGAGAGGAUACAACAUGUUUCAUGUUGGGGCAAAAGGAAGGUCAGAUGAGAGGGAAAGACCCCAGGGCCCUAUGGUCUGUGUGGCAUGGGCCCCAGACUGCCGUUUGUUUUCAUCUCUGGCAAGGCAGAUGAAGACCUUAGGUGCAGGUCUCUGUUGGUUCUAGGACCCGGGCAGGUAAAGCCUCAUCUCCCGAAAACUCCUGGGUAGAAUUUGGGGAAUCCUAGCUGGGAACAGUGUCUGCUCUCCCGUAGCUGUAAGUCUGGGUUCCCCGCUCAUAUGAUACCUGCAAGUGUUUUAAUGGAGGCCAGACUGUCCUCAUCCCUAGCACCUAAGUGUCCCUUCUUUGCUCGUGGGGCACAGGUGGGCUUCAGCUUGGCCCAGCUCCUGACACUCCGAGUCUGUAUGCCCAACAGCCCCUGGCAUGGAGCCCUUCUUUAGGAGGCAUUUCCAGCAGAAGGCACCAGGUCCUGGACAGAGGCUGCAGCCGUCCAGUGGUAUGGGGCUGCCCACAGGCAAGGCUCGACGCCGCUCUCCUGCAGGGCAGGCCUCCUUCUCACUGGCCCAGAGGCGCCGCUCCAGUGCACAGCUCCAGGGCUGUUUCCCCAGCUGCGGGGUAGGCACCCAAGGUGCCAGCCACAGGCGCUCCAGCACUGCACCCCCUGCCUGCAAUCCCCGCUUCAUGGUGGAUAUGGUGCCCAUCCGACAGCCUGCCACUGUUGGGGCCCAGCUUCUGGGUGCACCUCUGCUGUUGGCUGGGCUUGUGGGCAUGAAGGAGAAGGAUGGGGCCCAGGAGGGAGAUGAGACAGCUGGGGCAUCAAGUGAUGCCAAACCGGGCAUUGGGACACCAAGGCCCUCUUCGCACCAGGGCACCUGGCCAUUGCUUCCCAUACCCCGGUGCCUGCGCAGAGCUUCCUCCCACCUGCUCCCUGCUGACGUGGUGUAUGGCCAUACUCUUUGGGGCCUGCAUGGGCACUAUCGUCGCCUCAGCCAAAGGUGGCCCUCAGGCCAACACCCCAGUGUUGGGGGCCGAAGCCAAAGAGCCCCGGGCACUGCAUCAGGCCUCAUGAUACCUGCCCAUGCGCGCCCACUGUCACGCAGACGCCAGGUAGCUCUAAGGCGGAAGUCAGCUGGACCCCAGACCUGGAGCACCCUGCUUAUGAAAGCUAUCACCAAGUCAGGCCUCCAGCACCUGGCACCCCCUCCUCCCACGCCUGGGGCCCCGCGUGGUGAAUCUGAGCGGCAGAUCCGGAGCACUGUGGACUGGAGCGAGUCAGCAGCAUAUGGGGAGCAUAUCUGGUUUGAGACCAACGUGUCCGGUGACUUCUGCUAUGUCGGGGAGCAGUACUGCGUAGCUAAGAUGCUGCAGAAGUCAGUGCCCAGAAGAAAGUGUGCAGCCUGUAAGAUUGUGGUGCACACCCCAUGCAUUGAACAGCUGGAGAAGAUCAAUUUUCGCUGUAAGCCAUCCUUCCGUGAAUCGGGCUCCAGAAAUGUCCGUGAGCCAACCUUCGUCAGACACCACUGGGUACACAGGCGACGCCAGGAUGGCAAGUGUCGGCAUUGUGGAAAGGGCUUCCAGCAGAAGUUUACCUUCCACAGCAAGGAGAUUGUAGCCAUCAGUUGCUCCUGGUGCAAGCAGGCGUACCACAGCAAGGUGUCCUGCUUCAUGCUGCAGCAGAUUGAGGAGCCCUGCUCCCUGGGGGUGCAUGCAGCUGUGGUCAUCCCACCCACCUGGAUCCUACGGGCCCGGAGGCCCCAAAAUACCCUCAAGGCCAGCAAGAAGAAAAAGAGAGCAUCCUUCAAGAGGAGAUCUAGCAAGAAAGGACCCGAGGAAGGCCGCUGGAGACCCUUCAUCAUCAGGCCUACCCCAUCCCCCCUCAUGAAGCCCCUCCUGGUGUUUGUGAACCCUAAGAGUGGGGGCAACCAGGGCGCUAAGAUCAUCCAGUCUUUCCUGUGGUAUCUGAAUCCUCGACAAGUCUUUGACCUGAGCCAGGGGGGACCCAAGGAGGCGCUGGAAAUGUACCGCAAAGUGCAUAAUUUGAGGAUUCUGGCUUGCGGGGGUGACGGCACGGUUGGCUGGAUUCUGUCCACCCUGGACCAGCUGCGUUUAAAGCCACCGCCCCCUGUGGCCAUCUUGCCCCUGGGUACUGGCAAUGACCUGGCCCGCACCCUCAAUUGGGGUGGGGGUUACACAGAUGAGCCUGUGUCAAAGAUCCUUUCCCAUGUAGAGGAGGGGAAUGUGGUACAGCUGGACCGCUGGGACCUCCAAGCAGAGCCCAACCCUGAGGCAGGCCCUGAGGAGCGAGAUGAUGGGGCCACUGACCAGCUGCCCCUGGAUGUCUUCAACAACUACUUCAGUCUGGGCUUUGAUGCUCACGUCACCCUGGAGUUCCAUGAGUCCCGAGAAGCCAACCCAGAGAAGUUCAACAGCCGCUUUCGGAAUAAGAUGUUCUACGCUGGGACGGCUUUCUCUGACUUCCUGAUGGGCAGCUCCAAGGACUUAGCCAAGCAUAUACGCGUGGUGUGUGAUGGAAUAGACCUGACCCCCAAGAUCCAGGACCUGAAACCCCAGUGCAUCGUUUUUCUGAACAUCCCCAGGUACUGUGCAGGCACCAUGCCCUGGGGCCACCCUGGGGAGCACCAUGACUUUGAGCCCCAGCGGCAUGAUGAUGGCUACCUCGAGGUCAUCGGCUUCACCAUGACAUCCUUGGCAGCGCUGCAGGUGGGUGGGCACGGAGAGCGGCUGACCCAGUGCCGAGAAGUGCUGCUCACCACGGCCAAGGCCAUCCCUGUGCAGGUGGACGGUGAGCCCUGCAAGCUUGUGGCAUCACGUAUUCGAAUCGCCCUGCGCAACCAGGCCACCAUGGUGCAGAAGGCCAAGCGCCGGAGUGCUGCCCCGCUGCACAGCGAUCAGCAGCCAGUCCCCGAGCAGCUGAGGAUCCAGGUGAGCAGGGUCAGCAUGCAUGACUAUGAGGCUCUGCAUUAUGACAAGGAGCAGCUCAAGGAGGCCUCUGUGCCUCUGGGCACUGUGGUGGUCCCUGGGGACAGCGACCUGGAGCUGUGCCGUGCCCACAUCGAGAGACUCCAGCAGGUGUGCGGUGUGAGCAAGACGAGGUGGGGCACCCGAGCUUCCUCCCCAGACUGUCCGUGGCCCACCCUGACUGCUGCUUCUGUCUCACAGGAGCCCGAUGGCGCUGGAGCCAAGUCCCCGACAUGCCACCAACUAUCAUCUAAGUGGUGUUUCUUGGAUGCUACCACUGCCAGCCGCUUCUACAGGAUCGACAGGGCCCAGGAGCACCUCAACUAUGUGACGGAGAUUGCCCAGGACGAGAUUUAUAUCCUAGACCCUGAGCUGCUGGGGGCAUCAGCACGGCCUGACCUCCCCACCCCUACCUCCCCGCUCCCUGCCUCCCCCUGCUCCCCCAUAUCCCGGUCACUGCAGGGGGAUGCUGCACCACCUCAAGGUGAAGAGCUGAUUGAAGCUGCCAAGAGGAAUGACUUCUGCAAGCUCCAGGAGCUACACCGAGCAGGAGGUGACCUCAUGCACCGGGACCAGCAGAGCCGCACACUCUUGCACCACGCAGUCAGCACUGGCAGUAAGGAAGUGGUCCGCUAUCUGCUGGACCAUGCGCCGCCAGAGAUCCUUGAUGCUGUAGAGGAGAAUGGGGAGACCUGUCUCCACCAGGCAGCUGCCCUGGGCCAGCGCACCAUCUGCCACUACAUCGUGGAAGCUGGGGCCUCCCUCAUGAAGACAGACCAGCAGGGCGACACUCCCCGGCAGCGAGCUGAGAAGGCUCAGGACACAGAGCUGGCCGCCUACCUGGAGAACAGACAGCACUACCAGAUGAUCCAGCGCGAGGACCAGGAGACGGCUGUGUAGUGGAGACACUACAGAGGACCACAGAGUUCUGCCCACCUCACUGCCACAUUCCUGUCGGAUGGCCAUGGGGGGACCCUGCCCCAGGGAAGGAGCCCCGUGCCACCCCCAAGAAGCCGCUCAGAUCUAGGGCUGGACUCUGAGGAGCUGGACUCUCACCUGUCCCUGUGUUCAUGGGGAACAGAGAUGGGCUGGCGGAUCCCUUCGGGCAGCCUUCCCCCCACCAUGGCAGACGGAAGGCAGGACAGAGGACUCGGCACCGACAGGAAGGCCUGCUCUCAGCUGGCCAUUUGCUAGCCGCCUGGUCCUUUGGACUGUCUGGAGGCUUCGGGGUGCCUAGCCCUUCGCUCUGACCCACCCACCAGGGCCUCCCAGAAACUGAAGAGCCUGCUGUAUUCACCUGCCCGCGGCCCUGCUUGGCACCUCCCCUGGUGACCCUCAUGUACCCAGACAUUUCAUUUCAGACUGUGUGGCCUGGGGUGGGGGGUGGGGCUCCCACGGUGACUUGUUUACAGCUGGGUGUGACUCAGUAAAGUGAAUUUUUUUUCCUU